AUUCCCCCCUCGAAUUUGAGUUUAUUUCUCUCGUGUACGAGCGACGGAAAACUUGGCCGGCGCGCUGCUCUGAUCUCGUCGGAAAACUCGACCGACCGGCGGCGAUGGAGGUGGAGGCGGCGGUGCGGGCGAGCGGCGACUCCCUGAUGCGCGCCAAGUACGACCGCGCCGUCUACGUUGUCCAGCGAGCCUUCGCUCUCUACCCAUUCGACGAAAUCGCCUUUAGCUUCAACGGUGGCAAAGAUUCAACGGUGUUGUUGCAUCUGCUUCGAGCUGGCUACUACCUUCACAGAACAAGUUCAGGCAAUGGGGAUCAAACGGACUAUACCAUUCAAAACUGCCCCAUGCGGACCAUUUACUUUGAAGAUCCUACUGCUUUUCCUGAAAUCAAUUCGUUCACUUAUGAUACUGCUUCCACCUACGGUUUGCCACUGGAAACUAUCCGGACAGAUUUCAAGUCUGGCCUAGAAGCCCUGUUAAAGGAGAAGCUUACCAAAGCAAUUUUCCUUGGCACUAGAAAUGGCGAUCCGAAUGCGGUUGGUCAAGAGGAGUUCUCUCCUAGUUCCCCUGGCUGGCCUCCUUUCAUGAGGGUGAAUCCAAUCUUGGAUUGGUCUUAUAGGGACGUUUGGUCUUUCCUCUUGACCUGCAAGGUCAACUACUGUAGCCUUUAUGAUCAAGGGUAUACUUCUAUUGGUAGCAUACAUGAUACUGUCCCAAAUGCACAGCUGAGUGAUGGGCUAGGGGGGUUUAAACCGGCGUACAUGCUGACAGAUGGAACGCUUGAAAGGGCCGGUAGAGCAAAGAAGGUUAACAAAAAGAAGGAAGUUGAUGGAUAUUCUGAAACCAGUUCGAGUGCCAAGCCACGACAACAAUAGAUGAGUCGUUUGUAGAUCAAACUCAUGAAAUUUUAGAGAUAGAAUACUACCUCCAUCCUAAAAUAAAUCUAUUUUUCAACUUUUAGAUACAAUGUUUUGAC